GUGGAAACGUUGCGCCGGUCUGAUCUGCGAAAUUGCUGGUGCGGACGAGGUGCCGAAUGAAAUAGCGAUUAGACGACGGAAGAAAGCACAGCUUUGCGACCAUCCAACGGCGAUAGGUGAACCGCAGCGGAGAUGGAGCGGCUGAUACUGCUCUGCUUGCUGUCACCAGCAAUUUUCGCCCGGCCGCAUAAAAUCAGGGAUCCUAAUGACGAGCCAUUUCUACCGAUACAUCCGGUCUACCCUUACAGCCCCAAAUUAAUCAAGCGAGCCACCGAGGGCGAAGCAAAUCCCCAAUUAACAUCGGAGCUGUACGCUCCGAAAGUCGACGCCAAAGACACCUACAGCUCCAGCUACAGCAGCAAUUACCAAAGGGACUCUUAUUACCCUGAUUAUAAUCCGUAUCUCGCAAACAGCACACAACCCGCAUUCGUCUAUCCGUCGCCGUACGACGGCGAGAUGUACGUCUACGCCAACGCGCCGUAUCCCGCCUAUAAUUCAUAUCCCACCCAGUACGCGGUGAAUCCGGUACCGCCGCCGUACCAUCCAAACUACUACUAUCAGCCGCCCUAUUACUACCCUCAUUACUUCAGUCACGCUCUGUUCCCGCCGCCACCGUCGUCAUCGUCGGGCGUCGACUAUCGCGAGAUGUCGCAAGUUACCGUCUCGGAGGACGACAAGCAAGACGCGGACAAAAAGGGCGAGAGACCGAAAGAGGCGAAUCAAAACGCGCCGACGAGCCAGUUCGUGGACGGCGGGAAUUACAUAGCCAGCAAUUCGCGGGACCUCGACGUGCAAUCCAGCACGUACAAAGUGGCCAGCCCGUAUAAUCAACUCGCGCAGGACGUUCAAGUGAAAACUCUACCGAACUACCUUCCCCUGCCGAAGACGAUGUACAGAGUCAUCACCGUGGGUGUGCAACCUGUCGCUCCGGAUUACGCGCUGCCCACCGCGUACGUGAAGGCUCAGCCCGUUGAGCAGAUGACGAGCCAAGCGUUGGCCGAUUUACUGGCGCAGAACGCGCAACAGCAAGCCGGUCGCUCCUACGAGAGCAGCAGGGACUCCUUGAACGGUGCUGGUAACGAUGGGUCGUACGAAAGCCAGGACGCGUACAAUCCAAACGCGCCGUCGUAUGUGAAUAUUCCAGUCACGAGAGGCAAACCCGGUGUCACCUACAUGAUCGAUUCCAUUGGAACGGUGGCCAAGGUUAAUGGUGAACAAGCGAAGCAUCGGACCUCGGCGUCUCAGAGGGUGCCGAGUAGGAACAUGAAGUACUCGAACGCUUACGUGCAAAAGCCGACACGGAAUUACUCCCAAGCGUCGUACACAUCGCCCGAAAGUGGCAGCAAUCAUCGCGCUCGCGUGAGCAGCAGUCGACCGGCGAGUCAAACUGACAAGUACGACAGUUACGACGCGUCUCAAAGUUACGGCGGCACUUACAGUCAAUCCGGCAACAAGCAGGAACAGAAUUAUGGUACCUAUCAGAGUCAACCGGUUUCUUAUCAGAGCGAGGAUUUUACCGUCGCUCCGCAGACACCUCGAACGCACACCUAUCAGUACUCCGCUUACGAAUCGGCACAGGCGCAGCAACCUCUGCAAGAUGCGAUCCAUACGGAUGACGGCAACUUUGGGACUAAACAAUAUAAAGGAUAAAAUGUAGGAAAUGCGAUAAAACUGAACUCUGAUGCUGUUAUAUGUAAGAUGUAUUAUUGUUAUUUUCUUGUUAUUGAAUUGACGCGACUUUUUUCAGUCCUAGUGAAUUAAACAAUCUGUGUAGAACAUCUCAAAUAUUGAGCAUUAUUAUAUUUAUUAAUGUACUAAUUGUUUACGAAAGAGUUGAGUUGUGAUUUUACUCAAUUUUUCAUAUUAAAUGUUUUAUUAUUAA